UCAUCGAUAUUUACUCACGAGACGACGUGCAGAAAGUCACAAACUUAUUUAAUUGCCAAUUCCCUCUAAUUUAUCUGACUUUCGGACAAUGAGCGAAGAAUUUAAAUUGCCAAAACGAUCACGGAAGCGUACACGUGAUGUGAAGCGCAAGGCUCGGCCGGAAUUGGACGAGGAGAGCGCAUGGGUUGCAAUGCGCUAUUUUGAAAAAUUUGAGACAUUCUGGGACUUUACGGACAACCUGGAGAGGAUUGACAAUGCAACAGUAACAUGUGAUGAAUUUAUUGAACGCUUCGAGCGUCCCUAUUUGCCCGUGAUAAUAACUGGCUGCGCCGAUGGCUGGCUGGCCCAGGAGAAGUGGACGAUGUCACGCUUGGCCAAGAAAUAUCGCAACCAGAAGUUCAAGUGCGGCGAGGAUAACGAGGGCUACAGCGUCAAAAUGAAAAUGAAAUACUAUGUGGAGUACAUGCAGGGGACACGCGACGACAGUCCGCUCUACAUAUUCGACAGCAGCUUCGGCGAGCAUCAUCGUCGGCGCAAACUGCUCGAGGAUUAUACGGUGCCCAAAUACUUUCGCGAUGAUCUCUUCAAGUACUGUGGCGAGGAGCGUCGACCGCCAUAUCGCUGGUUUGUAAUGGGCCCGGCACGUUCUGGCACCGGUAUUCACAUAGAUCCGUUGGGUACCAGUGCCUGGAAUACGUUGAUACGCGGCCACAAACGCUGGUGCUUGUUUCCCACGCACACGCCUAAGGAUCUGUUGAAGGUGACAAGCGCAAUGGGCGGGAAGCAACGCGACGAGGCCAUCACUUGGUUCAGCACUAUCUAUCCGCGCACCCAACUGCCAUCGUGGCCGCAGGAAUACAAACCCAUCGAGGUGCUUCAAUGUGCCGGCGAGACAGUCUUUGUGCCGGGCGGAUGGUGGCAUGUGGUACUCAAUUUGGACGAUACGAUUGCCAUUACGCAGAAUUUUAGCAGCUUUACCAACUUUCCGUGCGUGUGGCACAAGACUGUGCGCGGUCGUCCCAAAUUGUCGCGCAAAUGGCUGCGGGUGCUGCGGGAGCAGCGUCCCGAACUGGCCCAAAUAGCUGAAAGUAUUAAUAUUAAUGAGAGCACUGGCUUCGCCUCCGAUAGCUCGAGCAAUUCCAGCUCAUCGUCGUCGUCCAGCAGUUCCUCAUCGUCGGAAAGCGAGGCGGAUGCCGAUUCCAAUACGGAUAGCGGCCAGGAAAGUCUCACCGCCAAAAAGAAGAAGAAGCGACGCAUGGGCGGAGGUGGAGGCAGUGGCAGUGGCAGUGUUGACGGUGCCACUGGCUCCACACGUUCCUGAUGCCGGCGCAAAGCCAAACGGAAUGGCCUGCUCCUGCUCAAGCUGUUCCAUCGUCAACUGUUGUUCUGUCGCCGAGUGUCGCGACGGAAGCGUCCGUGUAAUCGCACCCAGCGCAAAUCCUGAUCCUGCUUAUUUUGUGCGUGUUUAGUAAUAUUUUUCUACAUAGACAAGUAAUUAAUGUUGCUGUAAAAAUAUUAAUAUGAGAAUUGUAAUUAUCCUUGGCAGAGAAAGACCCUCGCUUGGUCGACUUUGAUUAAUUUGGAUUAGUCUUUCAAGCUGAUCCGAUAAGGAUAAUUAAUAGUUUCGCAACAAAAAUAAAUUCAAUAUAUUUGUAAAA